AUGUCAAGAUCAUAUCAUGAAGAAAGACAAAACAGGGAUACUACACCAUCACCAAUGCCGCAAGUUGAAGGUGGAGUGCCACUUUUGUCGUCUGAAGAGCCUAACGAAAUAGAAAACGAAACACCAAGCAAAUUAUUGCAAGAACUUUCACCUGUGCCAAAGCUUCGAAUCGAGUCUACAAAAAAAAGAUCAAAAUCCAUCGCAAAUAUUUUAACAUCUGUGAAAAUACGCAGAAAAACAAACAAACUUCGGAAAAUAAUAACAAUUUAA